AUGAGAGGUGUUAAUAUGAAAGACCCAAACAAAUUAAAAACUGAAGCUAACGAACUUUUCAAGAAAGGUCUUUACCAAGAAGCAGUUGAGUUGUAUGAUAAGAGCUUGCUUUCAUGUGAUUCGGAUGAUAAUAUGAAGCUGAUACUGCAAAACAAUAAAGCUCAAUGUUUUUUAAAUCUCAGUAACUAUAAGGAUGCACUGACAGCUUCUUUAGAAGCACUUAAAAUAUCUCCUAGCGACUCAAAAGCUCUCUACCGCUGCACACAGGCAUAUGAAGGCAUAGGAAUGUUAAAGGAGGCUUUAGAAACUGUGAGGAGGUUGAUUCAUGUUGACCCAAAAAAUAAGGCAGCUCAGAAUUUGGCUCGAAAACUGGAAUCUGCAGUCACAGCAUACGUUGCGGAAUCUGAAAGUUUAUCAGGAAAAGUUAACAAAAUGUUUGAUGUGAUAAAUGAUAACUCUAGCUCAGUUGAGAAGUUGGAACAAGCUAUUACCAAUCUUACAGCCUUGACUAAAGAAAAUCCACGGAUUGCAAGUUCACUAAUCUGGGCAAAUCGUAUUUUUCCAAAGAUUUAUGUUUUAUGCCAGACAACCGAACACAAAGUGACCACUGCUUGUCAUCGUCUGUUGGCUCAACUAAUGGAAGAUGACCGGGAUCGGGGUCUUACUGUUCUCAACCAACUUACACCACUGUAUUUUGUGAAAGGAAUUUAUUCACGCAAACCUGAAGAGUCUAUUGAACGAUGCCGUUUUCUAAAUUCACUAUUAGAAUCACUCACUCAGUUAAAAGCUUAUAAGAGGGCUAAAGAAGCUGCUAGUACUAUUAAAGAUGAAGAAACUAAAAAGGUUGCACCAUGCGCUUAUCCUAGAUACAAGAUUGAUGCUACAGUUGAAAAGCCGGUGGAGGAAAUUUUAAUACAUCUUCUUCGAUCUGUAAAUAGUUAUCGUUUAAGUGCUCAGUCUCGAGACUACAUAUUAGAAAUAUUGAUUAAAUUUAUUCCCUCUGAUAAAGGUAUUGGAUGGUCACAGAAAAUUGUGAAAACCGAAGGUGUUAUAGACUGCUUAUUAGAGGUAGGGUGUGCGUGCGGAACUACAUCUUUGAAGAACUGGCGAUCCCGUCGUGCUAAAUACUCUAAUUCUGACGCAAAUGAAUCAGAUCAUCAAAAAUUACCUGAUGGGGUUCGUUUGGCAACUACAAGUGAUACUCGUAUGACUGUAGCUUGUUUAUUGGCCAAAUUUUGGGAGGAUUUAAGUUCGGAUAAGCUUAGAGAUGAUUACACUAAAACAUGCAAGGAUUUUAUCAUUGAUCUUUUUGCUGACCAUUAUCUGGAAACUAAAGUUGAGGCUGCAUCACUUAUUGGCACAUUAUUUCUCGGACCUUAUGAAGUUGGGUCAGCAGUCAUUUCUCAAGAAGGCGUUUUCGAUGGUCUGCUUCUCCUCACACAGUGUGAAAAUAAACUUUACCAGACAGUUGCACUGGAUACAAUAGUCAUUGCUACGCAUAAAAAACAACAGUGUUUAAGUGUCAUUUCAAAAGCUGUACCCUUGUUGCAAUCGUUAUAUAAGAGUGAAAAUGAUGGCACCAGAAUUCGAGCACUUGUGGCUUUAUGUAAACUUGGUGCCGCUGGAGGCACUGAUGCCAGUGUUAAAAGUCUCACAGAUGGUUCAAAUCUACUUCUACUUAAAGCAUGUCGUCGCCUGUUAUUGGGUGUGGAACAACCAGAUCCAGAUAUUGACGAUGUAGCUGCUAACAAGUCAGCUGAUGUUCACUUUGAUUCUGAAGGACAAGUUGUCUUAGAUGAAGAUGAUAAUGAUGAUGAAAAUGAAGUCGAAGAGAAGCCUCUGACUAAAUCCACGAGAACUAAAAGGAAUAAUGUGUCUAAUAAUGGUUCUACUAUUCAUUUCAAAGAUUUAGAGUCGGCCCACUGGGGCGUUGAAGGCAUGGCUUACUUAACUAUGAAUGCAGAAGUAAAAGAAGAGAUCAUUGAAGACCGUGAACUCGUGAUGGCUUUAUUGAUGUUCGCUCAACACUGUCAAAAGGAUACAUCCUUUGCUCUAUGCAGUGUUUUAGCCCAUUUGACAAAUUCUUUUGAACGUCAACAAAUUGAACCUGAAAUGAUUGAAUUAGCGAAAUUCUCCAAACAGCAUAUUCCAGAAGACCAUCCAUAUGAUUCAGAUGAAUAUGUUAAAAAACGCCGACUUAUGCUGAUAAAUAUGGGUGUGUCAUCGGCGUUAUUUCACUUGACUAUGCGUACAGCUACUGCUUUGGUGGGGUCAAACACAGGUUUAUCGGAAUUGCUUUCACGUAUUUAUUUAGCUUGUUCUGAAUCAGUUGAGUCUCGUGGAAAACUUGUUCAAGGUGGUGCUGGGAAAGCGAUUCUGAAGUUGGCUCUUGAUAACAAUACAGACACUGGUAAAAAUAUAGCUGCACAGGCCCUCGCUCGUUUAACUAUCACCACUGAUCCACGUGUUACGUUUGCUGGUCAAAGAUCUUUAGAACUUGUUCGACCUUUACUUCGUCUGCUUCAUUUGGAUUGCAGUGCAUUGCAGAAUUUUGAAGCUCUAAUGGCUUUGACCAAUUUAGCUUCACUCGGUGAAACACAUCGUCAUCGCAUACUGGCAGAACGUGGCUUGCCUCUGAUCGAUCAUUGUCUUUUUGAAGAACAUCCUAUGAUUAGACGAGCUGCGGCAGAGUGUAUGGCCAAUUUAGCACAAUCGCAUGGUUUCGUUGUGUCUUCCGGUGGAAGUAUACCUUUGGAUGAUACAGAUUUAGCCAAAAAAUUGCCACGUCUUAUAUGUCCAACUGAACGAGUGAAACUUUUAGUAUUAUACUGUGGUGAAUAUGAUGACUUAUUACUUGUACGUGCAGCUGCUGGUGCUUUGGCUAGCAUGUCGUACGAUCCAGGUAUUAUACAGAAAAUCACCAGUGUUUCCUCAUGGUUCGAAAUAUUUCAAACACUGGCUGGACAUACAGUUUGCGCUUUACAACAUCGAGCAGCCCACAUACUUCAAAAUUUCAUUCUGCAUGGAGAAAGAUCCCUCGCUGAAUAUAUUUGUAAAUCAAACAUGCUUGAAGUUAUCAUGUCUUUGAGUCAACUACCAGAUGUUAACUCAACAGAGCCAGUAUUACCAGAUGCGAAAGUUUUGUAUCCAGGAUGCAGUGAUGAUCAGAUUAGGGAAUAUGAAAAGAAAGACUGUGAACGUACACGAGAAUGUGCAAACAAGGCCUUAGAACGUCUGAAAGAAUACGGUUUAGUUCAGAAGGUUUCAAAUAGUUCCAGAUAG